ACAAGUAAAAGUGUAUAUUUACUAAAUUCCAUCUCGUUGGAAGAGAUGCCUGGAAGAAACUCUGGCCGUUAGGCCUACGAUUGAAAUUGAGAGCAAGCAGUUAGUCAUUGGCCGUUCGUUAGCUUAUCUUUUGUAACUAGGUUCUAGUUCUAGGUGCAGUUCUAAAAGUUAAUGUUGGAGUCGGAUCAAAUAGUACGGAUUAAAUAUUUGCUGAUUGCUGCCUGAUUGCAAAAAGAUGGAUGUCAUCAGGAAUAUCAAAAGCAUGAGCGCAGCCCAGUUUUCUGGUCUUCAAAUAUUUGAGCUCAUUUAUUUAAUGACUUUGGCGUUCCUGCCAUUUGUGGUGGCUAUUCGGGAGGUUACCUAUGCCAUAUUUGCCAUUUUGGCUGUUGUACUUUUUGUGGCCAUCUGUAAGAAAUGUCUGAAGCGGACAGUUCACCCAGAAGGGAAGGUUGUAUUGAUCACUGGAUGUGACUCAGGGCUGGGGAACGCGUGUGCAAGGAGAUUGGACUCCCUUGGGUUUACUGUAGUCGCCGCCUGCUACAAUACAGAAAGUGACGGUGCACAAAGAUUAAAAGAAGCCUCUUAUGGUCAUCUUCACACGGUCAAGCUGGACAUUACCGAUGACAACAGCAUCAAGCAAUGUCUGCUCAAAGUCAAAAGUCUGUGUGGACAGAAAGGACUUUGGGGCAUCAUCAACAAUGCUGGGGUGGCAAGUUUUGGUGAUGUUGAGAUCUCUCCACUUGAGUCCUACCGCCAAGUGAUGGAAGUGAAUCUGUUUGGGACUUUAAGAAUGAUACAGACAUUUUUACCUCUUGUUCGUCUUGCUAAAGGUCGAAUAAUUACUAUAACUGGGACCAACGGACGCCUGUCUUUUCCUGGCCAAUCAGCUUUCAGCAUGUCAGUCCACGGCCUGGAGGCUCUGAGUGAUUCUCUACGCUAUGAAAUGAGACAGUUUGGGGUGAAGGUCAUCACGGUCAGACCAGGAAACUUUGCCGGAGCUACAGGACUUUUAAACAGAAAUGGGCUUGAGAAAGUCCAGACAACUUUUGAAGAAAUCAAAAAGAAAACCAAUCCAGAAAUUCUCAGGUCAUAUGGAAAAAAUUAUUUGGACAAUCAGUUGAAGCAGCUGUCUGAGCUAUCUAAAUCAACAGCUGGAAGUUUGGCUAGUGUUAUGGAUGCGCUAGAGGAUGCUGUAGAGAGGAAACGCCCUAAGUCAGUGUAUAUGGUGGACGGAGGCAAUCAGCUGUUUGACCUGGGCAAUGUUUUAAUUCGACUUGGCCCACUUUUACCUUCAAGCUUGCUUGACUAUAUCGUCCGCAAGGUGUAUGGAUACAAGCCCGAUAGAUAAGCUAUCCAUCCAUAAAACUUAUUAGUGAUAGGUUAUAAAUUAUAUUUGAGGUGAAAUUUUUAAUCAAAUUAAUUAUUUAUUAAUGACUUGGUAUUGUAUUUAAAAAUGUCAUUUUAAAAAAGUUAGCUUGUAAAUCUAUGCAUUUGUUAUAGAUUUGUAUGACGCUGUUUGCCUCAACACAAACAGUCGACAGCUAAAAUAAUUUUAUCAUGACUUUUGUACAUACAUAGGUCUAUAUACAAUUGGUAGGUCUAUAUACAAUUGGUAGGUCUAUAUACAAUUGGUAGGUCUAUAUACAAUUGGUAGGU